UGUGGUACAAUGGAUAAUGCACUGAGAGAAAGACUGCUUCGAGAAACUGGGCUUACGUUAGAUAAGUGUGUCAGUAUGUGUAGAGCAGCUGAGACCACCAGAGCUCAAGCAAAAGAGCUACGGAGAGGUGAAACAACAGUGCAUGCCAUACAUAAAGAACAAUGGAAAAAUAAAAUGUGUACCAAACAAAAGGAUCAAAAAGACAAAUCCAUGGAAUUUAAAUGUGGUAAAUGUGGAGGCAGCCACAAGCCGAAAUAUUGUCCUGCAUAUGGAAAAACAUGUAACAACUGUGGAAGGAGCAAUCACUAUGCAAAGUGUUGCAAAGCAGCUUCAAGAAAGAAAGUUCACACAGUUGAAGAAGAUGAUGAUAAGGAGGAGUUUAUUGUCAAUGUGGUGCAAGCAUGCACAAUUGAAAAAGAAGAAUGGAUUGUUCCAAUUACAGUGAAUCAGACAACAAUACCAUUCAAGUUAGAUACAGGUGCUCACGUAAACCUGCUAUCUUUGGAAGAUUACAAAACACUGACUGUAAAGAGCAAAAUCCAUCCAGUAAAAACCAAAGUAAGUGGAUACACUGGAGAACGAGUUCCUGUUAAAGGCGGAUGUAUUGCAACUUUUAAACACAAGGGUCGACAAAUGAGAGCACAGCUACUGAUCGUGGAUAUGAGUGUACAACCAAUCCUGGGACUCAGUGCAUGCACCAAGCUCAAUCUUGUCAAAAGAGUGUUUGUGGUGACAUCUCAAGAAACUACAAAUGCUCAGGACACACUCAUGGAAGAGUAUAAGGACUGCUUUCAAGGACUUGGAUGUCUACCUGGACUACAUAAAAUAUGUGUAGAUAAAAAUGUGUUUCCUGUUGUGCACCCGUGCAGGAAAGUCCCAUUUGCUCUGCGUGAAAAACUGAAAGAUGAACUAGCGCGAAUGGAAAAGUUGGGAGUCAUUAAAAGAAUAGAUGAGCCAACUGAAUGGGUCAGCUCGCUGGUUGUUGUGCAAAAGAAAACAGGUGCCCUAAGAAUAUGCUUGGAUCCAAGAGACCUAAAUAAAGCAAUCAGAAGAGAGCAUUUCAAGUUACCAACCAGGGAAGAGAUCAUGGCACAAUUUGCUGGAGCAAAAUGGUUCAGCAAAUUAGAUGCUUCAUCAGGUUUCUGGCAGAUGAAGCUUGGCGAGGAGAGUUCAAGACUGUGCACAUUUAACACCCCGGAGGGCAGGUACAGGUUUCUUCGUCUACCAUACGGCAUCUUGUCAGCGCCUGAAGUAUAUCAUAAGACCAUUCAUAUGAUUUUUGAGCACAUACCCGGAGUUGAGACAAUGAUGGAUGAUAUCAUAGUGUGGGGCUCAACCCGAAAAGAACACGACGAAAGACUGAGACAAGUGCUAGACAAGACAAGGGAGGUGAACCUGAAACUUAACAAAGAAAAAUGUGAGUUUGGAGUGAAGUCACUUACCUUUGUGGGAGAUGUUGUGAGUGAAGAGGGCGUGAAGCCAGACCCGAGAAAAACUUCAGCAAUCAACAACAUGGAAAGGCCAACCAACAAAGAUGAGGUCAGACGUUUCCUGGGGAUGGUCACCUAUCUUGCCAAGUUUGUCCCACAACUGUCAACACAGUCAGCACCUCUCAGGAGUCUUCUUGAACAAAAGAAUGAAUGGAUAUGGUCCCACGAGCAAGAACAAUGUUUUCUGAAACUGAAAGAGACUCUUACACAGGAGCCCGUGUUAAAGUUUUAUGACCCCGAGAAGAGCACCAGGAUCUCGGCAGAUGCAUCGCAGUACGGCCUGGGAGCAGUGCUACUGCAGCAACAUGAAGAGCAGUGGCUACCUGUCGCCUAUGCUUCCAGAGCACUGACAAGUGCAGAGACCAGGUAUGCUCAAAUUGAAAAAGAACUGUUAGCAAGUUUGUAUGCAUGUGAGCGUUUCCAUCAAUAUGUAUAUGGACAGAUGUUUCAAGUGGAAACCGAUCAUAAACCGUUGGUGUCUAUCAUGAACAAACCGUUGAAUGAUUGUCCAGUACGAAUACAGCGCAUGCUAAUUCGACUGCAAAAAUAUGACGUGCACAUGAUAUAUACACAAGGAAAAUAUAUGUACACAGCCGACACAUUGUCUAGAGCAGUGGACAAGAGAGAACUUGCAGACAGUGAUAAUAGCACAGAGAUACAGGCAUAUGUAGAUAUGGUAGUGACAUCUUUGCCGGUGACUGCAGACAGAACAGAACAAAUACGGAAAGAGACUAUUGCUGAUGAAACUAUGAAAGAACUCAAGAGCACAGUACAGAAUGGAUGGCCUGACAACAAAAAGGAUUGCCCCUUGAAAAUACAAGACUACUGGAAUUGUAGAGCUGAGCUUACAGUGGUGGAUGACAUAGUGCUAAAAGGGAGCAAAUUUGUUAUUCCGUACUCACUGCGCAAACAGAUGCUCGAAAAGAUACACGAAGGCCACCUCGGUGAAGUCAAGUGUAAAAGGAGGGCUAGAGAAGUAAUGUUCUGGCCAAGGAUCAAUCAGGAUAUUAGCCAAACAACAGCGUCAUGUGGAGUUUGCCGAACUUACAGGCCAAAACAACAAGCGGAGCCACUGAUGACUCAUCCAGUGCCCCACAGACCUUACUACAAAGUAGGAACGGAUCUUCAACUACAGCUGACUGAAGGCAACAUUGCAGCUCAGGAGAAGGCUCAACAGGACUCAGCUGGACCUGCAGAACUUGCUGACACGGAGCCUGACCUUGCUGACCAAGGACUGACAGCAGCGUCCGCGUCACCUGCUGUUGAGAGACUGUCCAACUCUAGACCGAAGAGACAUGUUCAGCCACCAAAGAGGCUGAUUGAGACUUGUUAAGGAUUCUGAGGUCUUGAGAGUUUAAAAAAAAAAAAAAAAAAAAAAAGUGUUGACAUAACUGUUUAUGUGUCUUUGUUGAAAGAGAUGUCUAUAAAGAGAAAAUUAUAUGAUUGCAAAUGUGGUUACAAUGCUAAACAAAAAAAAAUAACACUUUGUUGAGUUAAACACUAUUUCUUUAUAGGGGGGAAGAUGUGAUGUUAUGUUCCAGGUAAUAUAAGAACUACACUACCCAGCAUGCAACGGGAGUUAUGAGCAUGCGCGGUAGCCAGAGAUGUGGUGGUGUAUGUGGCGAUGCCGGGAGCUAGAAUG